CUCACGCCUGAAGGGGGCUCGGAACCGCCCCGAGCCGCCGGCCGCCGGCCCCUCGAGCCCGCGGGGAGGCCGAGGCGGCUCCGCAGCGGCUCCGGCGGCGGCGGGGAGGGAAGGAGGGCGGGGGGGAGGUCCCGGCGCUGAUGUCAGCGCGGCCGCCCCGCCCGCCGCCGCAGUGACAGCUCCGCCCGGGCCCGGCGGGGCCGAGCCGAAGGCAGCUGGGGCUGUGGCGGCGAGGGAGGGAAGGAGGGAAGGAGGAGAGGAGCCGGCCAUGGCCGACGACUUCGGUUUUUUCUCCUCGUCCGAGGCUGGAGGCGCCGAGGAGGACCCGGCCGCCGCUUUCCUGGCGCAGCAGGAGAGCGAGAUCGCGGGCAUCGAGAACGACGAGGCCUUCGGGCCCGCCGACGGGGAGGGGGCCUCCGCCGGCCCCGGGCAGGCGGCCCCGCAGGAGCCCGCUGGUUUCCAGAACGGGGGAGCCACUGUCAACGGCGAUGUUUUCCAGGAGUCCAACGGCCCCACGGACGCCUACGCGGCCAUAGCCAAGGCUGACCGGCUGACCCAGGAGCCCGAGAGCAUCCGCAAGUGGAGGGAGGAGCAGAAGAAGCGCCUGGAGGAGCUGGAUGCUGCCUCGAAGGUGACGGAGCAGGAGUGGCGCGAGAAGGCCAAGAAGGACCUGGAGGAGUGGAACCUGCGGCAGAACGAGCAGAUGGAGAAGAACCGGGCAAACAACAGGGCCUCGGAGGAAGCGUUCCUGAAGGAGUCCAAGGAGGAAAGCCCGGGCUCCGAGUGGGAGAAGGUGGCCCAGCUCUGCGACUUCAACCCCAAGAGCAGCAAGCAGAGCAAGGACGUCUCGCGGAUGCGCUCGGUGCUCAUCUCCCUCAAACAGACGCCCCUGUCCCGCUAGGGCCGCCUGGCAGGGCCCGGCCGGGCCUUGAGGGGGGGGUCCCUGGGUCCCUGCCCUCUGCAGUCGGUGGUUGUAACUCUCCCCGUGGUUUUCCUUUUGCUUCAGGGUGCGUCGGUCUCUUUCUACACAUAUUUAUUACUGUGGCAUUUCCCCGGGAAGCUGUUAGCAAGGGGAUCCCCCAGCCCGAGCCGUGCCCGGGGCCUAACACCCCCUGGGUGCUCCCCACCUCACCCGGUGGAGCAAACCUGCCUGCCUCGGGGGUCCCAGAGGGAUCCUGGCUCCCCUCUGCCCUCCUGCGGGGUGUAGGGCAGGGCUGGGGGCUGGGGGCACAGCCCAGACCCUGCUCCACCCCACAAGACCCCGUGGGGAGCCCAGGUGAUGCCACAGAGCUGGUGGGAACUGAGGAAUGUGAGUGCGGGCACCCCAAAAAUUCACAGUUGUGGUGUCUUGUGCCCUGUGGUGCUGGGUGCUGGGAAGGGGGCACGGGACAGGAGUGCAGGGUGCUCCCCGCCCCUCUCCUGUUGCCCCCGACUGUUGGGGUGCCAGGUUUUGGGGGCCUGGGCUCUGCUCUGCUCCUCCCCCUGCCUGGAGGAGGGCAGCUGGAGGCCGUGUGGCUGCAGGGAAGCAGGUAGGAGGUGUGGCUGCUGCGGGGCAGGGCGAGCCUCCAGCUCCCUUAACCCGGGCAGCCGCUCUCGGGCUUCUCCCCGGCCCAAUUCCUGCUGGGUUUGCGCCCCAGAGGCAGCAGGGCAGGGGGCUGCUCCCGUUCCCACCCCGUAAGGCUGCUUUCUCCCCUUGCUGGCGGGACUGGCAGUGCCCCCCUGGCUGGGGGGGCAGCUCUGCUCGUGCUGGGGGUGGGAGCAGGCAGCAAAGCAGAUCAAUCAGCCAGCAGAGCCUCGCUGCAGAGCCCUGCUCCCCCUCUCCCUGCAGAGCAGCUGAAUUGCCUCUGGCUGCCUCCCGGGGAUCAGGAGCCCCCCGCGGCCCCGGCUGCUGCGUCCCCUGUGCUGGGUGGGGGCUUCCAGCCCUCGGGGAGCGGCGCCCACAGCUCUUCUACAUCCCCUCAGCUUCGGUAUCAUGUGCCCGUUCGAAUCACCUGUUACAAUAAACCAACAUCUCCAAACUGA